GACUGUUUUACAUCAAUUCUGAUUAGAGAUCUAGUUGUUACGUGAGUUAAGUGUCGGAUCAUUAAGAUAUCGGAUCAUGGAUUUUUCAGAUAAAGUUGUUUUAAUAACGGGAGCAAGUUCUGGUAUUGGAGCUGCUGCUGCUGUACAUUUGGCUAAAUUAGGCGGUCAAUUAGUUCUUGUGGGUCGCAACCUUGAGAAGUUGCAAGAAACUGCGGCUAAGAUACAAGCUGUUAAAGGUAAAACGCCCUUUGCGCUUCAAGCGGAUAUGACCAAUGACCAGGAUGUUAAACGCGUAAUAGAUGAUACUAUUAAAAAGUGUGGAAAAAUAAACGUAUUAAUUAACAAUGCUGGAAUAUUGGAAACGGGAACAAUUGAAAAUACGAGUUUGGAGCAAUAUGACCGGAUAAUGAAUACUAAUGUUAGAGGAGUGUAUCAGCUUACAAUGCUAGCAGUGCCAUAUUUAAUAGCCACAAAAGGUAAUAUAGUGAAUGUGAGCAGUGUUAAUGGUAUUCGCUCAUUUCCUGGUGUCUUGUCAUAUAACAUCUCAAAAGCUGCUAUCGAUCAAUUUACGCGAUGCGUUGCCCUUGAACUGGCCUUGAAGGGUGUACGAUGCAAUUCAGUUAACCCCGGUGUUAUUGUAACAGACAUUCAUAAACGUGGCGGUAUGAAUGAUGAGACGUAUGCCAAAUUUCUAGAGCAUUGUCGUACGACGCACGCUUUAGGACGUGUGGGUCAAGUUGAAGAAGUCGCACAUGCAAUUGCUUUUCUCGCCAGUGAUCAUGCCAGCUUUACUACUGGUGUCAGUUUACCAGUGGAUGGUGGCCGCCAUGCCAUGUGCCCUAGAUAGAGACACCCACUACUUGAUAGGGAAGAAGUAAAAAUCUAAAAUGAAAGCAUUUAUUUUGCCUGAAAUUGAUCAUCCUAUAAAAGCAUUCAAUAUCAAUGUUAAAAAAAAAAAAAAACUUGAAGAUUAUUAAAUAAAUUUGUUGUGAUACUAGUACAAAUAUCAAU